AUGUCCUCCACUCCAAGUCCAAGUCCAAGCCCAAGCCCACCAGAACCCACGCAGCUCAUUAUAAACCCAGGGUUCGAAGAUCCUACAAGUAGCCCGUGGAUUCUCUUCCCUGGCGACGCCUCCAUCGUCGCCUCCACCGAUCCACAAUAUGGCAGUAAGAGUAUGCGCGUACCGCGACGAGCUGGUCUCUUCACCAGCGUUCGUCAAGUACCCCAAGUCAGCGAAGCAGGCACCUACACAGCAUCAUUCAGCGUCAAAAUCGAUGGUACAGUCGGAGCUCCAUGCUUUGUCCAGUUGACGGGCCUUAUCGAGCAGAAUUAUGGACAAGUUGAGGUGCAGGAGUGGACGAAGUUUAGCGGGACGGCUGCGCUGGCAGCGGGUAAUAAUCAAUUUUUUUAG